AUGGAGGCAAACAUUAUUGGGCCAUCUAUCAACAACGAACCCAGUCUGUUGCGAUCAUUGAUUCUUGUGCCUUGUUUUUCUGAAUCAAAAACCUCGCUGACCAACACUCUCGACUCGAUCGUAACUACAGACUAUCCCGUGUCGCACAAGACUAUUUUGGUUGUGGCUGAUGGUAUGGUCAAAGGAGCUGGAAAUCAAAAAAUGACACACGAGUACUUGAUAGACAUGAUGGAAAUAGAUCGCCGAUUUCUUCAUGAAGUCGACAGGAAUGGCAAACCAAAUGCGUAUAGCUACGUGUCUAUUGGAGAGGGAAAGAAACGUAAAAACUAUGCUCGAGUAUAUGCUGGAUGGUAUGCACAUUCCUCACUCCGUGCCAAACCCGAUCCAAAACGUCGUGAUAACCAACAACCAAUGCCAAAGAACCAGGAAAUGCUAUCCAAACGAGUUCCUAUAAUUCUUAUCAUCAAAGUGGGUACUGAAGAAGAACGUUUGCCACAAAACAUGCUACUAAAACCAGGCUGUCGAGGAAAGCGUGAUUCUCAAGUUUUGCUUAUGAGUUUUUUAUCAACCGUCAUUUCCAAUGGACGCAUGACUGAAUUGGAGUUUGAACUUUUUUACAAGCUGUGGAAAAUCACAGGAGUGCAUCCUGCAAACUACGAAGUCGUAUUGAUGAUUGAUGCCGACACGUCGAUUGCUCCAAAUAGCAUUACUCGCCUUGUCAGCUGCAUGACUGCAGAUUCUCGUAUUAUUGCUGCAUGUGGUGAAACUACAAUUUCCAACAAGUUUGAAUCAUGGAUCACCAUGAUCCAGGUAUACGAGUACUACAUUUCCCAUCACUACAGUAAGGCGUUCGAGUCUGCCUUGGGUUCAGUGACAUGUCUUCCUGGCUGCUUUUCAAUGUAUCGCAUCACGGUUCCUUCAGCUACUGGCGUUAAUAUACCCAUUCUAGCUCACACGUCACUCAUUGACUACUAUUCUGAAAACGUGGUUGAUACUCUUCAUAAAAAGAAUUUACUACUUCUUGGCGAAGAUCGAUACUUGACUUGUCUUUUGCUUAAACUAUUUCCCCGACGCAGUCUUGUAUAUACUCCUCUUGCGGUUUGUCAAACGACCGUACCAACCACAUUCAAAGUACUCUUAUCUCAACGCCGCAGAUGGAUCAACUCUACUGUUCACAACCUUUUAGAACUACUUAUGGUUAAUACACUUUGCGGUACACUCUGUCUAAGCAUGCAAGGCAUUAUUUUUCUGGAACUCAUUGGAACCGUAGUAAUGCCUGUGGCAGUUCUUUUGCUCGUAUACGUGAUUGUGCUGUCGAUUGUCACAAAAGCAACAUCCCUCAUUGCCAUUCUAUUUAUCGUAUCGAUGAUCUGUCUUCCGCCUACAUUAGUUUUAAUUACAAGUCGACGUAUCGAGCAGUUUUUUUGGUUUGCGUUGUAUAUGGCUGCAUUGCCCCUCUGGCAGUUUGUUUUGCCUUUAUACGCGUUUUGGCACUUUGACGACUUUACUUGGGGAUCUACUAGACAAUUGCAUGAUCAUAGAGAAAGUAUGUACAAAGAGAAGAAUGCGGCAGGACCAGGCAGGUUUGAUGCCAAUGGUAUCAAGGAAUUGCGGUGGAAAGAUUGGGUUAUUAUUCGACAACAAGGGCAGCGACCAGCUAUGCUUCAAAACGGGCCGCCAGCUGGAUAUCGCAAUGGAGCGCAGGGUCAUUUUCCAGAUCAAAUACGCAAUGUUUCUCCUUUAAAUAGAAACAAUAGCAACAACAGAGGCAUGCAUCCAAGCUAG